CUCCGGUCUGUGUCAUGUGCCACGAGCCCCCCUGCACAUGUGGCGGGGAACUCGGCCCAGUUACGCGUCUGGAAUCCAAAUUCACGUUUUGCGUUUUCUCUUCAAGCUGAGGAAAUGACUGUCAAACGCUUCGAACGGAUUCGUUUCAAGACACGCGUUAGCAAGUCGCCGUCCUAGCUAGCAAGAGAGUCAAAAGCAAAAUGCUUUCUGGAGCUCGUCCCCACUGUCAGUGGACUGGACAGGGUUAAAGGAAGAGGGACAAAUGAUCUGUCCCAGAGGGAGGAGCUGAAACCUGAACCUCUCCGCCGUGAUUGGAUCCUUCUUGCAAAAGCGAGGAAAAAAAAACCCUCCCGGCCCGAGCGGGCUCAGUCCGCCAGGGAGCCCGGCGACGCGAGAGGCGCCGGCCCGUCGCCCGCCGCACCUGAGCGGCCCCAGCCCGAGCGCGGCCCGGCGCGAUGCUCUAGGGACCGGCCGCGUCCUCCCCGGACCGUUAUCCGCGCCCGCGGGGCCCGCCGGCAAGAUGCCGCGCUCCUUCCUGGUCAAGAAGCAUUUCAACGCCUCCAAGAAGCCCAACUACAGCGAACUGGACACACACACAGUGAUUAUUUCCCCAUAUCUCUAUGAGAGUUACCCCAUGCCUGUCAUACCACAACCAGAGAUCCUCAGCUCGGGAGCGUACAGCCCCAUUACCGUGUGGACUACGGCAGUUCCAUUCCACUCCCCACUGCCCAAUGGCCUCUCUCCUCUUUCUGGAUACCCCUCAUCCUUGGGGCGGGUGAGCCCCCCUCCUCCAUCCGACACCUCGUCCAAGGACCACAGUGGCUCAGAAAGCCCCAUUAGUGAUGAAGAGGAAAGACUACAAUCCAAGCUUUCAGACCCCCAUGCCAUUGAAGCUGAAAAGUUUCAGUGCAAUCUAUGCAGUAAAACCUAUUCAACUUUUUCCGGGCUGGCCAAACAUAAGCAGCUGCACUGCGACGCCCAGUCUAGGAAAUCCUUCAGCUGUAAAUACUGUGACAAGGAAUACGUGAGCCUGGGCGCCCUUAAGAUGCACAUCCGGACCCACACUUUACCUUGUGUCUGCAAGAUCUGCGGCAAGGCGUUUUCCAGACCCUGGUUACUUCAAGGACACAUUAGAACUCACACUGGGGAGAAGCCUUUUUCUUGCCCUCACUGCAACAGAGCAUUUGCAGACAGGUCAAAUCUGAGGGCUCAUCUGCAGACCCAUUCGGAUGUAAAGAAAUACCAGUGCAAAAACUGCUCCAAAACCUUCUCCAGAAUGUCUCUUCUGCACAAACAUGAGGAAUCUGGCUGCUGUGUAGCACACUGACUUACGCAAUCAAUGUUUACUCGAACAGAAUGCAUUUCUUCACUCCGACUCCAAAUGACAAAUAAAAGUCCAAAGGCAUUUUCUCUUGUGCUUACCGACCAAAUAAUGUGUAUAGACACACACACACACGCACGCACGCACGCACACACACACACACACACACAAAGCUGCAAGAGCACGAAAUCCAUGUGUUCCAAGUUAAUCCUUUCCAUGUGAAGUUUAAAAUUACUAUAUAUUUACUGACAGCGAGAUUGAGAGGAUACAAGACAAGAAUCUUUCUCUUCAAAAGUUGAAGCAAAAAGCACACUGCAUCUUUUCUCACUAAGAAAGAAUGCAAAGAUUCACAUUGCUGCCAAAUCAUUUCAACCGAAACGAACAGUAUUGCUUUGUCAUAGAGUUUGUAAUAGAAUUGUCUAUAGGAAGCGAAUUUGCCAGACGCUAUCUCAGGUGCCUUAUAAAGUAUUCCAAGUUUACUUCACUACA